UGGUAAGCAACUCCCAGUGUUAGACGGUGUUCCGUGGCGAUUCCCGGAAAACUGAGGAAAGACGCCGUCUGCAAUUGGCCGCACCCCCCACCCACCUCUUAGCAUCUGGAUUCUGCUCUUUGGGGGCCAUGGACCCUCCCCACCACAAUCCUUUCACUCUUUCAGCACCCCUUCCGUCUCCCCCUCAUCCUUGGCCAUCUGAAUCUCCUAGGGGUAUGCCUUUGAGGGGUGGAAGGCGUCGGGGGUUGCACUUUCCCUCCCUUGGGGGCAGCCUAGUUUGUAUCAUAUUCGUGUGAGGUAACGUCGCUUGGCGUCGUGUGGACAUUGGGGUUUAGAUCAUUUAACCCUCCCUUCCAAGCUCUUUGAUGGCUUUUAAGGAAAAGGACGGAUCCCUGGAUUUUUAGGACUAGAAUGGGGUUUGAGGACUGGGAUUUACUCUAAGCUCACUUCCACUACCAACCUCUUUACUACGAACCAUUUCUAUAGGGACUCGAACGUGGAGGGUGGGAGACGGGAGCGUUAAUGUGCUUCUCUGUCUUUCUACAGGGUCGGCGUGGCGAAGGACAGCUAGUGUCGGAGGAAAAGUAGACACCAGUUCAACUCCGCUCGCCCCCACUAUUACUUCGGGAGAAGAUGCACUGAAUACUUGGAUCUAUGAGACGAUUGAAUAUAUUUUCUCAUGAAGAGUCUUUGCUCAGUUGAACUUGGUUCUACCAUGCCCAGGGGGAGUGGCCACAACAGAUCCUAUCUGGCAGUGAGUGGCUGUCAUGAUCUCUACAGCACCGCUCUACAGCGGCGUGCACAACUGGACCAGUUCUGACCGGAUUCGCAUGUGUGGCAUCAACGAGGAGAGAAGAGCACCUCUUUCUGAUGAGGAGUCCACGACAGGUGACUGCCAGCACUUUGGAUCUCAGGAGUUUUGUGUCAGCAGCAGUUUUUCCAAGGUGGAGCUCACAGCAGUUGGAAGUGGCAGCAAUGCCCGGGGGGCAAACCCAGAUGGCAGUACAACAGAAAAACUUGGGCACAGGUCAGAAGAUCAGCCUGAUGAUCCCCAGCCAAAAAUGGACUAUGCUGGGAAUGCAGGAGAGGCUGAGGGCCUCCUGGUGCCACUGAACAGCCCAGGAGACGGGCUUAAGCUGCCCACUCCUGAUAGCACUGAGGCCAGCCAUAGCAGGGCCAAUUGCUCUUGGACUCCCCUAAGCACCCAAAUGAGCAAACAGGUUGACUGCUCGCCAGCCGGGGUAAAGGCUUUGGACUCUCGGCACAGUGUUGGGGAGAAGAACACUUUCAUUUUGGCAACUCUGGGAACUGGAGUCCCUGUGGAGGGAACCCUGCCUCUAGUUACCACUAACUUCAGUCAGCUGCCGGCACCUAUCUGCCCUCCUGCCCCUGGGUCGACCUCUGUGACCCCGUCGGUUCCCGAUCCGUUCCAGGUUCCCCUUUCUGUCCCAGCCCCAGUGCCCCACUCAGGACUAGUUCCAGUCCAAGUUGCCACAUCAGCUUCAGCUCCUUCUCCUCCCCUAGCACCAGUGCCCGCUCUAGCUCCAGCACCGCCCUCGGUGCCUGCUCUCAUCUCGGAUUCAAACCCUCUCUCGGUGUCAGCCUCUGUCUUGGUGCCUGUACCAGCGUCUGCUCCCCACUCCGUCCCAGUGCCACUGUCGGCUCCUGCUCCUACUCCUCUCACAGUCUCUGUUUCUGCACCUCCCUUGGCCCUGAUCCAGGCUCCUGUGCCUCCUUCAGCUCCCACUUUGGUCCUUGCUUCUGUCCCAACUCCGGUCCUAGCUCCCAUGCCAGCAUCCACGCCUCCAGCAGCUCCUGCCCCUCCAUCUGUGCCGAUGCCCACUCCAACCCCAUCCUCUGGCCCGCCGUCUACCCCCACCCUUAUCCCUGCUUUUGCUCCUACACCGGUGCCUGCACCCACCCCGGCCCCAAUCUUUACUCCGGCCCCCACGCCCAUGCCGGCUGCCACACCAGCUGCCAUCCCCACCUCAGCACCCAUUCCAGCCUCCUUCAGUUUGAGUCGAGUGUGUUUUCCUGCAGCUCAGGCACCAGCUAUGCAAAAAGUCCCCCUGUCUUUUCAGCCAGGGACAGUGCUGACCCCUAACCAGCCGCUGGUAUACAUCCCACCUCCGAGUUGUGGGCAGCCACUCAGUGUGGCUACACUGCCAACCACUCUGGGAGUCUCUUCCACACUCACGCUCCCAGUCCUGCCAUCUUACCUACAGGAUAGGUGUCUCCCAGGUGUGUUGGCCUCCCCAGAGCUCCGCUCUUACCCAUAUGCAUUUUCCGUGGCCCGGCCUUUGGCUUCAGAUUCGAAGUUGGUCUCUUUAGAGGUGAACAGGCUCUCUUGUACUUCCCCAUCCAGCAGCACUAACACCCAGCCUCCUCCUGAUGGGAUCCCUGGACCUUUGGCAGAUACUUCCCUCACCACUGCUUCUGCCAAGGUGCUUCCAACUUCACAGCCUUUGCUGCCAGCCCCCAGUGGGAGCUCAGUCCCACCACACCCCUCCAAGAUGCCAGGUAGCACCGAGCAACAAACAGAAGGGACUUCCGUUACCUUCUCUCCUCUCAAGUCACCUCCCCAGCUCGAGAGAGAGAUGGCCUCUCCACCCGAGUGCAGCGAGAUGCCUCUUGACCUCUCUUCCAAGUCCAACCGCCAGAAGCUUCCAUUGCCGAACCAGCGUAAAACACCUCCCAUGCCUGUGUUGACCCCUGUGCACACGAGCAGCAAGGCCCUCCUGUCCACAGUCCUGUCUAGGUCUCAGCGCACAACUCAGGCUGCCGGCAGCAACGUCACUUCCUGCCUGGGCUCCACUUCUUCGCCUUUCGUUAUCUUCCCUGAGAUGGUGAGGAAUGGAGACCCAAGCACCUGGGUAAAAAACUCCACCGCUCUGAUCAGCACCAUCCCUGGCACAUAUGUGGGAGUGGCCAACCCAGUGCCUGCAUCCCUGCUGUUGAACAAGGACCCUAACCUGGGCCUUAACCGAGAUCCUCGCCAUCUCCCCAAGCAGGAGCCUAUCUCCAUCAUUGAUCAAGGAGAGCCUAAGAGCACUGGUGCCACUUGUGGCAAGAAAGGCAGCCAGGCUGGUGCCGAGGGACAGCAAAGCACAGUCAAAUCCCGUUAUACCCCAGCCCGCAUUGCCCCUGGGCUGCCAGGGUGCCAAACCAAGGAACUGUCUUUAUGGAAACCUACAGGGCUGACAAAUAUGUACCCACGGUGUUCCAUCAAUGGGAAAGCCACUAGCACCCAGGUCCUGCCUGUUGGCUGGUCACCAUACCACCAAGCAUCUCUGCUUUCUAUUGGCAUUUCCAGUGCCGGGCAACUGGCCCCGAGUCAGGGGGUGCCUAUCAGGCCCACCAGCAUUGUUUCUGAGUUUUCUGGUGUGUCAUCUCUUGGCUCCAAUGAAGCUGUUCAUGGACUUCCUGAGGGGCAGCCACGGCCUGGGGGCCCCUUUGCUCCAGAACAGGAUGCUGUCACAAAGAACAAAACUUGCCGAAUUGCUGCCAAGCCUUAUGAAGAACAAGUCAAUCCUGUCCUCUUGACUCUCAGCCCUCAGACAGGGACCCUGGCGCUGUCUGUUCAGCCUAGCAGUGGGGACAUUGGAGUGAAUCAAGGACCUGAAGAGUCUGAGAGCCACCUCUGCUCUGACAGCACUCCUAAGAUGGAAGGCCCCCAGGCAGCCUGUGGCCUAAAGCUGGCAGGAGACACAAAGCCUAAAAACCAAGUGCUGGCUGCCUAUAUGUCCCACGAGCUGGUCUUGGCCACCCCCCAGAACUUGUGCAAGAUGCCUGAGCUGCCUUUGCUACCUCAUGACAGCCGCUCUAAGGAACUCACUUUAGAUGUGCUUCCAAGCAGCAAGAGGGGCCCCAGCACAGACCUUUCGCAGCUUGGAAGUCAGGUGGAUCUGGGGCGGGUGAAAAUGGAAAAAGUGGACGGGGAUGUGGUCUUCAAUUUAUCCAACUGCUUCCGGGCUGAUGGUCUCCCGGCAGUUCCCCAGAAGGGCCUGGCUGAAGCUCGCGCGAAAGCUGGGCAAGCUCGAGUGAAACGGGAAAGCGUUGGGGUCUUUACUUGCAAGAACAGUUGGCAACCAGAUGAAGAGACAGAAUCUCUGCCACCCAAAAAGUUGAAGUGUAACAAAGACAAGGAAAUUGAGGAAGAGCCACAGCAGCAGCCUCCGCUGCUGCCACAGCCACAUGAUAAGCCUAUGGUCCGGAAUUCCCUGGGAUCCAAGUGCCGGAAGCUGCCUGGAGACCCCCAGGAACCCACCAAGAAAAGCCCCAGAGUGGCUUCAGAUUCAGGAAAAGAGCACAAUGGAGUCAGGGGAAAGCACAAGCUCCGGAAGCCAGCAAAGCCAGAGUCCCAGCCUCCAGGAAAACGAGCUGAUGGCCAUGAGGAAGGUUCCUUGGAAAAGAAAGCGAAGAGCAGUUUCCGUGACUUCAUCCCUGUGGUUCUGAGCACUCGGACACGCAGUCAGUCUGGAAGCAUCUGCAGCUCUUUUGCUGGUAUGGCAGACAGUGACAUGGGAAGCCAGGAGGUCUUCCCUACAGAGGAGGAGGAAGAGGUGGCUCCCACCCCAACUAAGAGGAGAAAGGUGAGAAAGACCCAAAGGGACACCCAGUACCGCAGCCAUCAUGCCCAGGACAAGACCCUGCUGAGCCAAGGCCGCAGACAUCUGUGGCGAGCCCGAGAGAUGCCCUGGAGGACAGAGGCUGCCCGGCAAAUGUGGGACACCAAUGAAGAGGAGGAAGAAGAAGAAGAAGAUGAGGAGGAGGGCCUGGUGAAGAGAAAGAAACGGAGACGACAGAAGAGCCGAAAAUACCAGACUGGGGAGUACUUGACAGAACAAGAAGAAGAGCAGCGGCGGAAAGGGAGAGCAGAUUCAAAGGCCCGUAAGCAGAAGACUUCCUCCCAAAAUUCAGAGCACUGCCUCAGGAACAGGAACCUUCUCCUGUCCAGCAAAGCCCAGGGGAUCUCGGACUCACCAAACGGUUUCCUCCCAAAUAACCUGGAGGAGCCAGCCUGCCUUGAAAAUUCAGAAAAGCCAUCAGGAAAACGAAAGUGCAAGACGAAGCACAUGGCAAACGUCUCAGAAGAGGCAAGGAGCAAAGGUCGUUGGAGCCAGCAGAAGACACGAUCUUCUAAAUCUCCUACUCCAGUGAAGCCCACAGAACCAUGUACACCCUCCAAGUACCGAAGUGCUGGCCCAGAAGAGGCCUCAGAGUCACCCACUGCCCGACAGAUCCCCCCAGAGGCACGGAGACUCAUCGUGAACAAAAAUGCUGGUGAGACCCUCCUGCAGCGAGCAGCUCGCCUGGGCUAUAAGGACGUUGUUCUCUACUGCCUCCAGAAGCACAGUGAGGACGUGAAUCACCGUGACAAUGCGGGCUACACAGCCCUGCACGAGGCCUGUUCCCGGGGCUGGACUGAUAUCCUGAACAUCCUGUUGCAACAUGGGGCUAAUGUGAACUGCAGCUCGCAGGACGGCACAAGGCCAGUUCAUGAUGCUGUGGUCAAUGACAACCUGGAGACCAUCUGGCUCUUGCUAUCCUAUGGAGCUGAUCCCACACUGGCUACCUACUCGGGUCAGACAGCCAUGAAGCUGGCCAGCAGUGAUAACAUGAAGCGCUUUCUCAGUGAUCACCUCUCGGAUCUUCAGGGCAGGGCAGAGGGCGAUCCUCGCGCAUCCUGGGAUUUUUACAGCAGUUCUGUGUUGGAGAAAAAGGACGGGUUUACCUGUGACCUCCUCCAUAAUCCUCCUGGGAGUGCCGAGCACGGAGACGAUUCAGAACAGGAUGACUUCAUGUUCGAACUCUCAGACAAGCCUCUUCUCCCUUGUUACAACCUCCAAGUGUCAGUGUCCCGUGGACCCUGCAACUGGUUCCUCUUCACCGAUGUCCUGAAGAGGCUGAAGCUUUCCUCAAGAAUCUUUCAGGCCCGGUUCCCGCAUCUUGAAAUCACCACCCUGCCCAAGGCCGAGUUCUACCGGCAGGUGGCCUCAAGUCAGCUGCUGACCCCUGCUGAGAGGCCUGGGAGCUUGGAGGACAGAUCUCCCCCAGGUUCUUCUGAGACUGUGGAGCUGGUGCAGUAUGAGCCAGAGCUGCUGCGGCUCCUAGGGUCUGAGGUGGAAUAUCAGUCUUGGAGCAGUUGACAGAAACGGCCCCUCCCCCGUUCUUCUUUCUUCUCCUCCGAGUUCACCCUUCCCCCACCGCCUAUGUCUCCCCCACCAAGCACCAGACUGCAGAAUGAGGCAAUAAUACGGACCAACAAGAAGCCGCCUUAUCAAUGCCAGCAUUAGUGACUGGAUUUUUGUUUCGUUUUGUUUUUUGGGUUACAGUUAGUUCUCAUCUCCCUGUUGUUGUUGUGGUUGGUGAUGGGGGUGGAAAGUUGAACUCCACUUCUGAAGACAAGAGGUCUGGAGAUGGUGGAAGGUGGCACCAGGGUCCCUUGGACUGGCUUCUAUGCUUAUGACCAAGACCAAACAUGGACCUGGGUGGCUGUGGCCUGUCCUAAGGAGAAAUGAGAAAAGCCCAAAUCUCUCGAGUGCCCCUCCCUAUCUCCCUGUUCUCUUCUGUCUUCCAUAGUAUUUAUUUUAUUAGUAUUUAAUUUGUAUUGUUUCAUUGGUUUCUGAUAAGUCUGUAUCACUGUGACGAUUUGAGACAAGUUGUUGUAUUGAGGGACUUUCUUUACCUCCUUUCCUUUUUCUUUCUGGGUAAGCUUUGGGGAUGCUCCCUCCCUCUAAGAAAAUUAUUCCCAGGUAGUCUUUCCCCAGUUGGGGAGGGAGCAGGGUGAGGAAGGCUAGGGGGACAUCAUCAUAUGACUAAACAUCCUGGCUGCUGCUGGCCCAGAGCUGGGGGGCUGGGGGCAAAUCCCUGGCCUUUGGUGCUCCCCCACCCCCUGCCAGUUUUGCCCUACCCUGCCCUUUGUAGCAGCUCUACCAUCUUGAGAUGAGUGUGUACUGAGGAGAGGCUUCCUGAGUUACUCUAAUAAAGGCAGGUUGAGAAUGGGCCCGAGGGGUGAGGGUGCGUCCCUCACACUGCUCCGCUCAGAGUGCACAGUGUGAAGUUAUCCUGGCAUCUUUUGCCCUGUACCCAUCCCCUCCUUGCCUCACCCUACCUACCCUGGGCUCCCUCCCCAUCUUGAGAUACUGAGCCUUUUCACCUCCCAGCCUUUGCCCUGCCAUCCCUACCGCAGACGUCUGGCCCCCUUUCCCCGGCUCUCCUCCUUUGGAGUCCGCAAAGGGCCCUGGGACUGACUAGGCAAGGGCAGAGGCUAGUCUCUAGUCCGGCUCCACACCCACUUGGGGACUUGGAGCUGAGUGAGUGGCUCAUGGGCCUCAGAAGCCUAAGUGUUAGAUCUGUUAUAGGAGAGUGGGGGGGGGGGAGCUGGGGUUGUUUCCAUGGCCCCACCCCUCCACACCAUCAUCUUUCCCGCUCUUCUUAUUUUUCUACCGAUUGCUAUUUUUCCGAACAAUCCUUGUAGAGAGUAUGUACCAUCGAAAGGCAGGAGGGCCUUGCUGUGGUUGGCUCUGGAUGGAGAUGGUACAGUUUUAUUGUACAGGUGCUAAACAACAAAAGAAGAAGAAAAUGGAAAAAAAAGACAAAAAAGGAAAAAAAAAAAGCCAGUUUGGGGAUGGGACAAUCUGUUCUCUGGAGGCUCCUGACCCAUUUAGGAGCAUUGUUUCUUUUAACUGUGUGUGAUUUUGUUCCCAUGGGAUUUUCUGGGCCCCCUUCUGUAGGACAGCCCCACCAUCCUGCCCAAUUGGUUUUGAACAAUUGUUUUCCCUUUUUAACAACAACAAAGUUAUAUAUAUAUAUAUAUGUAUAUGUAUAUACGUAUAUAUAUGUAUAUAUAUAUAUAUAAAGUUGAGGGGGUUUGGACUUCAAGUUUCUUUGUUGUGUUGGGAUUUACGAUCCUGUGUGGUUUAUUUUGUUUUCUGUUGGCCUUUACUUUGUUUUGCAUUUGGGUGUGUACUCUGGCUGCCCUUUAUGUUUCGUUUUCAGCCACUGGCUGAGGAGUCAAAAACACUUGCAUACUGAAAAACCUGUGUCAGGGCCUUUGUCUCUUGUCUUCACGCUUCUCCUCUUUGUGGCUUUUGGGGAGAUAAGUGGUCCCUAGGGAUACAGUGGGUGAAGGCAAGGCAAGAUAGAGCUUUGGGUCAUUAGGUCGGGGUGAGAAUCUGGAAAGGAAGGAUGGGCAUGUCCCAGGGCCCCUGCCCACCUGAAGGUAAAAUGGUCAACUUGGGGUUGCCUUCACCUGAUGAUGUGGGAAGAGCAUUCCUUGUUUGCAACUGGAGUAACAGGAAUAGGGGAGAGGCCUCCUAUGGCUGCUGGGUGGUGGUGCGGUCCUCCCUAAUCCAGUCGGAAAUUAUCUGCCCGCUGAUUCCUCUUCAUGCUGGGACUAUCCACCUGGCUACACUGUCAUUCCCCAGCCUGCCCUUACCCUUGCUAGCCUUCACUGCUGUACCAGUGCCUUACCUGCCCACCUGAGCAGUGCUGGCUCUCCACGAUUCUAGUUUCCAAUGACAUAGCAUAAACACAAGACACCUGUCCCUGGUUCUACAAUUACUCCCACUUUUCGAUAAACAGAAGUUAAAAUGUGUCUUUGAGUGAGAGAUUUUCUGAAGGUCUGGAUCCUACAAACUUUUAAGCUCUGUGUCUUUGGGGCCUCUCACUGUAGCUUGAGUGGGCAGGCCACAGGAAUGAUGUAUCUGGCUUCUUGGAGUCCAGUCAUUGUCCAGGAGUAAACUUAAGUGCUCUCCUUACCCACACCUCAGAAACUUGCUUCUGCUUGAGUCUGCUCAGAUACAGGAGCAUCAUCCUUUUUAGAGGCACAACACUAAUCUGCCUCACUGCUGUUCCCCUCCCCACUUUCUGAUCACAGGUCAUCCCAAACACCCCAUAGUGUUUCCCAUUUCAGGUCCAUCCUCUGUUUGAAACUUGCAAUAAAAAGGCAAGCAUACAUGGUGGCACAUGCCCAUAAUCCCAGCUUGAGGGAGUGGGGCAUUGAGGCAGAUGGAUUGCUGUGAAUUCUAGGUCAAGCCAGGGAGAUAUGGCAAGACCCUGUCCCAAAACAACAAGCAGGGUGUGGUAAUGCAUGCCUGUAAUCCCACUUCUCUGAAAGACAGAGGCAGGAGGGUUUGAGGUCAGCUUGGGCUACACAGAUGAGACCUUGUCUCAACAAAAAGGAACUUGAAGUUCAGAAGUCAGGCAUGUCAGGAGGUUACAGAAGCCAUGUAUGUUGUGGUUUGACAGGAUUCAGAGAGGCCCAAAAUGCUGUGGGAGCUCAAAGGGCUGGACAAGGGCACCUGGAUGAUUGGAACACAUGGCCUGGGAGAGAUGACGAAUGGUGUAUACUUAGUAUAAAUAGUUAUCAGGGGAUGAUGUUUGGAUUGAGGGCGCAAUCUGAGCAAAGGCUUGGAGAGGAGAAUUUUUAAAAGAGUCAACAGCAGUUUCAUAUUUUCAUGCUUAUGGUUUUUUUUUUUUUACCCACACAUUAACUGGAGACCAUUGUCAGGUUAUGAGAAUCAAGGCUGGAAGCAUGGACUGAUACUAAAGCUAGUGGCCUUUUAAAUCUGGAGUUAGACAGUUGUGAGCUGCCAUGCGGGUACUGGGAAUUAAACCGGUAUCCUCUGGAAGAGCAGCCAGUGCUCUUAACUGUUGGGCCAUCUCUCCAGCCCCAAUUAAACUGGUGGCCUCUUAAUUAAAAGUUCUUUGAGUGCUUUCCUGUGUGGAAUAGGGAAGAGCUAAUACCGCUCACUACUGUGCACCUUGCUUGAGAGCCUAAUCUUUCCAGUAGGCGCUCAGUUUACCAAACUCUGGAUAGAUGAGACUUUAUAAAGAACAAAAUAAGAGUUUCGCUGAAGUCAGUUCCCCCUGUGCCAAUGUCAGUUAGUAUUGAUCUUGCCAGGAUGGUCCUCUUCUGGUGUUGAAAGCAUCCCUAUCAGCUUCUGGAUUUUCAUGCCUGGUCCCUAGAUGAUAGAGGUGAUGGAGAGAGGUGAACUGGGCAGUACGUUGCCGCUUUCAUAAUCUGGUCUAAUCAGGAAGUCUGUUGGGCAUUUUAUUGUGUCCGGUCUUGACGUGUUUUCAAAGAGUCAGGUAUGCCCAAGGCAUCCUGGACCACUAUAAGGGAGUCACCAAAUGUUCAGGCAUGCUGGAUUCAGAAGGAGGGCAGGCCUGGUUCUGUUUCCCCCCUAGAGGGAUAGUUUCCACUAUUAGGGCCCCCCCCACCACCACUGCAACGAUGUGUCACUGGGUACAUGAUCCUCCCAGGCUCAGGGCCCCUUCUCCCGGAGCUUGGGUUCAAGCUGCAGACACAUGCCUCGAUCGUUUUCCAAUUUCAAGAGAGAAAGUGGUGGUUCGUGAUAGUGUCGCUAAAGGCAGGCCAAGGAGAGAGGAGCAUUAGAUCUAGGGCCUGUCGAGGGAUUGGUGAUGGCCCAGAGCUUGCUUUUGCUGUUCUAGGGAGAGUGCAGGGAGCCAGGGAGGCCAGCCGACUCUUGCUCACCUGCGAGAACGUGAGGCUGGGGGCGGGGCCAGGGAGCGGUUGGCCAAUGAGGAGGAGACAUUUCGUGGACAGCUGAACUCUCCUUGGGAAGGAAAGAGGACCGAGGGUAAAGUUCGAAGCUCCAGAGCUAGGGUGGUUGUCGGCGGGAACCAAAACCUCCCAGGGAGUCAGAGAACAUGGUCAAGGGACAGGAAGACGCCCGCUUAGCCCGAUCCUCUGGGAGCGGUGGGCCACGCCCUGGCCGCCCCUCCCUCCCCGGGCUCCGCCUGGCUGGCCCACCACCGCCGGC